AGCAAUGAGAUUUUAUACGUACUCAGCGUAACGUCUUUUGAUAUUCCCUUGUGGAAUAAGAAAACGUUAGCUGUUUGAUUAGUCGGUGCCUCACUUGUCAUUGUUUAGCAUGUAGCGUGACGUAAGAUUGAUUGCCAACGUAAUUGGAUGUGUAACGUUUGAGUACAAGCGUAAAGGUACUAGAAAACAACUGUUCGUCUGUCCGUAACUUUUCAGAAAUUUACCAAUUCUUCAUGACUGAAUUUGCUCGUGGCCGUGAAGGAAGAUGUAAUAUAGAGGUGACAGCUGCUCCAUGUGCAAAGCCGAUAUCUGGAAAAACUAUAAGACAGUUUCUGAAAGCAGACAUCACGAAAUGUUUUUACACGUAUCCGUUGAAGAUCCUUACACCGACAUCUAGUGGGAAUUACUGUAGGUGGAUAUAUCUUGUUACUUAUGGUGGAGGUUUGGUCCCUGGAGACCGGUUGAGUGCAGAAGUGACAGUUGGUGAAGCUUGCUGUGUUCUGUGGACCAGCCAAGCCUUUCAAAAGGUGUACCCUUGUAAUGACAACAAAACAACAAACUUUCGAAUUUCAUUCAGUGUCUCUUCAUUCGGCCUAUUGUGUGUAUUGCCUGAUCCUGUAGUUUGUUUCAAGAAUGCUAAUUAUAAUCAAGAACAGGAUGUUUUUAUAAGUUCCACAAGUAAUUUGGUGUUUUUAGAUUGGCUGACAUCUGGACGAAUGGCCAGAGGAGAAAGAUGGGAAUUCACCAGGCUUAAAACCACAUUGUCAGUAUUCCUUGACUCGACACUUGUGUUUCGAGAUGUCUUGUGUUUGAAAAAUACUAGUCAAUUGGAACUACGAACAAGUAUGAAACAGACAAAUAUUGUAGGAUUUUGUUUCAUAACCGGUCCUGAUUUAAGGCAAUUCAUAGAAGGCAUUCUAUGUGAUGUUGGUUGCAGACAAGCAUAUGGUAAUUCCCCAAGCUCAGAUAUUUUGAUGACAGUUAGUCCCUACUAUCAUCAAGGAUCUACUGAUAUUUCAGGAUGUGUAAUACGCUUCUCUGGCUGGGAAACUUCAAAGGUGAUGUUUCAAUUAGAGAAGCUACUGCAGCCAAUUUAUCCUAUUUUAGGUGGAAAUCCUUUCUACUUGAAGUAGCAUGAUACUUAUCUUCAGAGCAGAAGUUAUACAGGUUCGGAUAAGAUAUUGGAAAGAUCAAAUGAACUGGUGGUUACAUAAUAACAUGGGCAACUACACACUGGCUGAAUAGGCUGUCUAAAUGUUAUAAUGUAGGCACCAUAACUUCUUUUGAGAUUAGCCUGUGUUCACAUUAUAGAAAGCAUUUAUUGAAUAAUAUCAAUAGUAAGAAAAUAUUUACUUCUUGUAAACUGUGAAAAUCGGUAGAUUGUUACACAUUCUGUUUUUCAUGGUAAUCAAUCACUGAAUAAUAUGUAUAUUUUAUUAACAAUAAACAAAUAGAUUAUCCCAGGCUGUA